AUUUUGAGGAUUUCCCUCCACAACACGGCGCUCAGAUCUCAAAGAAGGACGAUUCGACUAGGGUUUUUGGAUUUCCCAGUCGAAUUGUAUCGAAACCCUAGCCCCCAAAUAAACACCAGAAUCCACCAAAAUUUCCGAUUAUUUUCUGAUCAGAUUCUUGAGCCGGAAUUUUCCGGUGUCGUUUCGUCUUCCUUUUGAAUUCAAACGAUGGUAAGGGGGAAGUUCAAGAGCAAGCCCACCGGCCAUCGCCAGUUCUCCACUCCCGAAGAUCUUCUUGCUGGUACCUCCAGCCGUCCUCGAACUUUUUCGAAGCGAGAAGCUGAACAUGAUGAAGUUGAAGUAGAUUUUGUAGCAAGUUCCGAAGAGGAGUCCGGAGAUGAAUCCGAAGGACAAGAUGAGCAGAAGAAGAAGGGGAUCCAAGGGAUUAUUGAGAUUGAAAAUCCCAAUUUGGUAAAGCCAAAGACUGUGAAAGCUCGAGAUGUUGAUAUGGGAAGGACAACUGAACUCUCAAGGCGUGAAAGAGAAGAAUUAGAGAAACAGAGAGCCCGUGAGAGAUAUAUGAGGUUGCAAGAACAGGGAAAAACUGAACAAGCAAGGAAAGAUUUAGAGCGUUUAGCUCUUAUACGAGAGCAAAGGGCAGAAGCUGCUAAAAAGAGAGAAGAAGAAAAAGCUGCCAAAGAACAGAAGAAGGUUGAAGCCCGCAAAUGAUCUAACUUGAAGCAAAACAUGGUCAUGCUGCCGUUAGAAUUUUAUCGGUAAUGGAAAAACCAAUUAGAAAUUAUUUUACUCUUAUGUGGUAAAAACCCAUUGGAUUUUUUAGACCUUUUAGGAACUUUUGGAAUAUUUACUGUGUAAAACAUUUAUAGGGGUUUACUGUAUCGAUAAAAGAUUUAUGUUAUCGAUGAAAUGUAAGUGAGAUCUUGUCGA